AUGUCUGAUUCCGACAGUUCAAGCGCUGAAAGCAAAAACGAACGAAAGAAGGAAACGAAGCGUGCCAGAGAAGAAAGCACUUCCGAUGAAAGCAUUAUUGACAAAACUCCCUUGAAGAAAAGUAAAAAUAAUGGUGGUUUCAAGAAUGCUGAUGGUGAAGAGAUGUUCGAAUUGGGUAAGAUGCGUUUCGUAUCGGUUCGAUCCUUCAAAGGCAAAGCAUUGAUUGAUAUUCGUGAAUAUUAUCAAGAUAAGGGUAGCGGUGAAUUGAAACCGGGACGUAAAGGUAUUAGUUUGUCGGGUGACCAAUAUCGACGAUUGAAGGCUAUUAUGGGCGAUAUAGACGAAAAGCUCGCUAGUGCUUAA